UUCUCAGUCAUGGUGUCUGUAUGUUGCAGCCUUCUGCGUGACCCUUGAUAGGUAUUUAACUCAUUGCAUUUCCUCUUCUUUCGUUGACCUGCAUCGCGCCCCAAUUUCUCAAAGUACUCAGUGGUUUCUUUUUUUUCGUUCUACUGUCGCUUUCGAGAUUUAUUGAGGGGAGCAAUUCCCCGCAUCGUGAAAAGGGUACAUAGACCGGCCUUGCCGGGUGCAAUACUCCUCACCACCAACCAACACGAAGAACGAACGUCCAAAAUGCCUCUCCACGAACUCCAACGUCGUGACUCCUGGCCUCCAACCCAGGUCCGUCUCACCCAAGACCCCAACACCGUCCGCCAAGAUAUCGAAACAGCAAUCGACGAGAACCCAUUCGCCUUCUUCCUCACCUCUCCAGACGAGAUAGAUAUCGACGAUUACCUCUCGGACGAUGACCUCAAUGCCGGCAUCGAAACACCAGAUUCCUCGCGCUCACCGGUCCGAGAAGUCUCUCCCAGUGCUUUACAGCGAAAUCCUCUCCCAUUAGACGACGACGAGGAUGAUGACGAGGAAUACGAAUUUGGUUUCGGCCUAGCAAUCCCCUUGUCACUCAAAGACUUCACCAAAGCCUCUUCAACCACUGUAUCUGGGCGUCAAUCGAGAACUGGGAAUAGGAGCAAAGAAGAACAAGAAGAGCUCCACGGGCUAGGCAUCAGUCUACCGGAGUUCUCAGCCAGAGGAAGAGCAAGAGUUAGGCUUGUGCCGGGCAGGGGCAGAGGGUACAGUCGGAGCCUAAGUGCCAGGAGGCCCGCGAGUUGGAGGGCGCCGAGCCCAGAGAUCUUUUCGAUUAGGGAGGAGAGGGAGAGUGAUGAGGAGAAGAAUGAGGGGAUGGGAAUGGAGAUUUAUUCUGCGAGUGCGCCGGCCACGUCGCAGAUGAGGCAGGGAGGAAUUAUGGCGAGUCCGUCGGCGGCGGCAGCGAAGCCGAAGAAGAGGGUUCAUUGGGCUUUGUAAGGGAGGGAGUGUAAUUUGGAGGGGAGAGAUUGAGUUGCAUUGCAGGUGUUUUUGGGA